UUUUAAUUUUACGGACAUUUGCUCAUAUCUAAAUGUACAUCAAAUUGUGUAGUACAAAUAUAUUUUUGAAUUCCAGAACAAUGAGGACGUAUUUAUGUGGCAGUUUGGUUAUCCUGGCGACGUGUUCAGCUGUAAUUCAAGCACUUGCUAUCAAACUCAAAGCAGACGUGAUUUAUGUACAGAACGGAAAUACAACAAGUGCCCUCUUCCGGUGUUCGGCAGGUCAAGGUCAUAUGUUUUAUUUAAAUCACAUAAUCACGUGGAGCAAAAAAGGGCGUGACGGACGCGAGAAGUACUUGUCACUGAACUGGGAUCUCGUGCAACAGGAGACACAGUCACAAUAUGUAAUCUCGUCACAAGUGUACAACGAGGGACCUAAGAACAGCUCAAAAAGUAGUCCCGAAAUGUACUUCGUCCUUGGCAAGCCCAGUCUUACACCGGACGAUCAUGGGGAGUACAUUUGUCGUCUGCAUGAUUUUGACAGAAACGUAAUUGCCGAGCACUCAGUUCCAAUCAUCGUGUUUGACAAAGGUUUAGCCCUGUCACCAUACAAAAUCGAAGGCGAAGCUGGAGUAGAUAUAGCCAUAAACUGCAUGCAGAACACUUCAGUUUCAAACGGUAGCCAUAUUGUUCUACAUCACGUGACCAAAGAUGGCGUUUCGACAAAAAUUGUUGAUGACGGUAUUAUAGUGAACGACGUGUUAAAGAAGAAAUACGACUUCAUGACGAGGGAUAAUGGCGACCGUAUCUUACACAAUAUAUUAACACUGAAAGCGUCGUCGCUAUCUGAUCAUGGAAAUAUCGUCUGUGAAAUGAGAAACGCAAGCGGGCUUAUCACGGAGACUAACGCAACCAUCACUAUUGCAGAACCGAAGUUGAAGGUUUCGCCAUUGUACUUUCUGAAGGUACCGGAGGAUGCCACCGCUCAUUUCAAAUGUGAAUGUCCGAUUCUUGACACGGCGGCAUGUAUAAACAACGAUAUGGUAUGGUCAAUGGUCAACGCUUCCACCGGAAUAAAGACCGCCAUUUACAAGGGUGGCAAGUUGCUGGACAACUCUGGUAUCUACGAAAUAACUGUUAGUCAAAACGGUUCGGCAGUGAAUUUAACAAUUCAUGGAUUAAAGACUAGAUUUUAUGAAGGGGGAGAAUAUGUAUGUUCGUUGGAAGAUAAAUCAACAGGAGACGAAAUCACCUAUGCUUCAAUACCCGUCAGCAUUACACCUAUAUCACUUGGUGCUUUGGCUCUCCUAGACAACUAUCCAGCUAGUAUACGUCUGUUGUGUACAAUGACCGGGUCCAUGUGGGAUAAUCACUAUUUUGACGACCACAAAAUGUCCUGGGUGCACGUGAAAGACGGCGUGUCAAAGAUAAUAGCUUCCAAUGGCGCUUUGGAGAAAGGUUAUGAUCCGUCAAAAGUUUCAAUGAUGUUUGACAAUCAAAGAUACUACUCCAUCCUGUCUAUUAAAUCUGUAAAGAAGAACGAUUACGGAGAUUACAAUUGUCAGCUUACUAACAACCACUCUGGUGCCAUCUUGCUUACAGAGAAACUUAAAAUAUAUGGUAAAGGUAACAUAACCUUAUUUUCUUCAAUGAACGCAUGAUGGAAGAAGACAUACAAGCAAAUAAACUACAAAUGUACAGAGAUACAACACACAACAUGCCACUGAUUCAAAGAACGAAAAAAAAAAUUCUUACUACUGCAAGUCAUUGUUUGAUUAACAAAAUCUGUAACAUAUUCUUUUACAUUUUCGCAACUGAAACUUUUUAGGAUAUCAUGUUAUGGGCCCACUCAUUUUCAUGGGAAUUUCCUUGUACAUUUUGAGUCCAUGAAAUUUUCAUUUUUUACAAAACCAAGUUGUUUUUAUGCUAAUUUUGAUAUAUUCCGAGUUUCACAUGUAUCAAGUGGCAAAUAGGGUCAAAGUUGAAAUUUAUUUGAAGUCUUAUGCUCCAAACCCAUGACUGAAAUCUGUAUGAAACUACCCUUCUACUUUAAUUGCAUUGUCUCAUACUCUGAAAGAAAUAAAACUGGGAAAUGGACAAAAUCCACCCCUCCAUCCUCUGCUUAAUUUGAUCUAGGCAGGAAUUAUCCCUUGUCAUUUCUUUUUU